GCCCCAGCCCGCCCCGCCCGGAGGUCCCGCGUGGAGCCGCCGCCGCCGGGGAGGAGGAGGAGGAUGAAGGACAAACAGAAGAGGAAGAAGGAGCGCACGUGGGCCGAGGCCGCGCGCCUGGUGUUAGAAAACUACUCGGAUGCUCCAAUGACACCAAAACAGAUUCUGCAGGUCAUAGAGGCAGAAGGACUAAAGGAAAUGAGGCUAUUUUGCAUCCUGCUGCUGUCUGCCCUGCUGUUGGACUGUGCUUAUAGAAGUGGGACAUCCCCUCUUGCGUGCCUCAAUGCCAUGCUACAUUCCAAUUCAAGAGGAGGAGAGGGGCUGUUCUAUAAACUACCUGGCCGAAUCAGCCUUUUCACACUCAAGAAGGAUGCCCUGCAGUGGUCUCGCAACCCAGCAGCCGUGGAGGGAGAGGAGCCAGAGGACUCCGCUGACGUGGAGAGCUGCGAGUCCAAUGAGGCCAGCACCGUGAGUGGUGAGAACGAUGUGUCUCUUGAUGAAACGUCCUCAAAUGCAUCCUGUUCUACAGAAUCUCAGAGUCGGCCCGUGUCGAAUCCCAGGGACAUCUACAAAGCUUCCUCACAGGCAAACAGACAGAAGAAAAAGACUGGAGUGAUGCUGCCUCGAGUUGUCCUGACUCCUCUGAAGGUAAACGGGGCCCACGUGGAAUCAGCAUCAGGGUUCUCAGGCCGCCACGCCGAUGGCGAGAGCGGCAGCCCGUCGAGCAGCAGCAGCGGCUCUCUGGCCUUGGGCAGCGCUGCUAUUCGUGGCCAGGCCGAGGUCGCCCGGGACCCUGCCCCGCUCCUGAGAGGCUUCCGGAAGCCGGCCACAGGUCAAAUGAAGCGCAACAGAGGGGAAGAGAUAGAUUUUGAGACGCCAGGGUCCAUUCUUGUCAACACCAACCUCCGUGCCCUGAUCAACUCUCGGACCUUCCAUGCCCUGCCAUCGCACUUCCAGCAGCAGCUCCUCUUCCUCCUGCCGGAAGUGGACAGACAGGUGGGGACCGAUGGCUUGUUGCGUCUCAGCGGCAGUGCGCUAAAUAACGAGUUUUUUACCCAUGCGGCUCAGAGCUGGCGGGAACGCCUGGCUGAUGGUGAAUUCACUCAUGAGAUGCAAGUCAGGAUACGACAGGAGAUGGAAAAGGAAAAGAAGGUGGAACAAUGGAAAGAAAAGUUCUUUGAAGACUACUAUGGACAGAAAUUGGGUUUGACCAAAGAAGAGUCGUUGCAGCAGAACGUGGGCCAGGAGGAGGCUGAAAUCAAGAGCGGCGUGCGGGUCCCGGGAGAGUCGGUACGAUCACAGCGUGGUCCCACCGCCCGGCAGCGUGAUGGGCAUUUCAAGAAACGCUCUCGGCCAGAUCUCCGGACCAGGUCCCGAAGGAGUCUGUACAAAAACCAGGAGCCAGAACAAGCAGCGGUUGUUAAAGAUGCCAAAUCGAUGUCACCAGACGUCCCCCUCUACAAGGAUGGGGAGGCUAAGACUGACUCGGCAGGAGUGAGCAGUGCCCCAGUGCCAGGCCCAUCCUGCGCAGCAGCUGACCCAGAGGGCCCCACGUGCCCAGGUGAACCUGUGGCUUCCCAAACCCAGACCGAGCUGGACAAGUCGACGCGGGCCUCUGCAUCUCCAGACCGAAUUCCCAGCUUGCCCCAGGAGACUGUGGACCUGGAGCCCAAGGAUCAGAAGAGGAAAUCCUUUGAGCAGGCAGCCUCUGCGUCCUUUCCCGAGAAGAAGCCCCGGCUUGAAGAUCGUCAGUCCUUUCGUAACACAAUUGAAAGUGUUCACACCGAAAAGCCACAGCCCACUAAAGAGGAGCCCAAAGUCCCGCCCAUCCGGAUUCAACUUUCACGCAUCAAACCACCCUGGGUGGUUAAAGGUCAGCCCACUUACCAGAUAUGCCCCCGGAUCAUCCCUGCCACGGAGUCCUCCAGCCGGGGCUGGACUGGCCCCAGGACCCUCACAGACAUUAAAGCCUGUGCUGGGCAGGCCCGAGGGGCGAGAGGCCACCACUGCCAUCGAGAGGCGGCCACCACUGCCAUCGGAGGGGGGGGUGGCCCGGGUGGAGGUGGCGGCGGGGCCACCGAUGAGGGAGGUGGCAGAGGCAGCAGCGGUGGUGAUGGUGGUGAGGCCUGUGGCCACCCUGAACCCAGGGGAGCUACAAGCACCCCUGGAAAGUGUGCGUCAGAUCUACAGCGAACACAAUUACUGCCGCCUUGUCCUCUGAGUGGGGAGCGUGCCCACGCCGGAACUGCCGUGUCCAGAGCCAGGAGGGAGGAGGAAAGCUGCUCCCUGCAGAGGCUCCCGAGCGUGCUCCCAAGCGGGCUGGAAGAUGCCUCUCAGCUCCCCAUUGCUCCCACUGGGGACCAGCCGUGCCAGGCUUCACCCCCGCUGUCCUCCCAAACGCCGGUAGCUGAGAGAUUGGCAGAGCAGCCUGAGGUGCCUCUAGGUGUCAGAGCCGAGUGCGAGUCUGGGACCACCUCCUGGGAAGGUUUUGAGGAGCAAGGGAGCACUGUUCUCCGCCAGAGUGGGCCUGUGGAGUCUUUGACGGAAGGUGCUGUGUCUGGAGGAGGAGCUGAGCAGGCUCUCCGUAGUGGUUCCGCUGUGAAGGACCCUGUGUGUGUGACCCCCAGUGCCACACCUGAAUCGUCCUGGACCGAGUGCCUGCAGGACAGACCUUCUGAUGCCCAGUUAGGACUUGGUGACUGGAGCCUGCUCGGGAGGGAAAGUGAUCCCAGCCGAGCAAACGUGAAAACCGAGACUCUUGCUUGCAGCAGUGCUGCCCCGUGGAUGCCUGUCCCCUCGGGCGAGGAGGGAGUGAGACAGCCCGCUCUGGGGUCCGGAGAGGGCACACGGUCUGGCGAGGCCCAGAGCGGAGAGGCAUGGGAGGGAGCUGCUCCCUUCGCCCCUGCCCUGUCCCGGGGGCCGGCAGCUCCGGAGGGGCUGGGUCCUCCCCACAGCCUUACUUCACCCUGGCCGGGCCCACCUCGAGGGGGCCUGGACGGCUCUGGCAGCAGCUGCAAACAGGUGGACGUUGAGAAGCUGGAGAGCAGCGGAGACUCUGAAGCGCCGAGUCCUCACAGCGAGUCCACCGACACGGCCUCCGACGUGGAAGGCCUGCUCUUCGAGGACAGCCGUGAGGCCGACACCAGGGAGUCCGCGGUGACAGAGCGAGCCUCCGAGGGCCGCGAGGAAGAUCAUGCCUGGGACCAGUCCGCCCCGCCGUCCAAGGGCAGUGGUGACCUGAGCGUGGUUCCAAGGACCCACGGGAUGGCUGCUGCGCAGAGCUGGGUGUCUCGAGUGUGUGCCGUCCCCCACAAGAUGGCGGACUCCCUGCUGCUGGCCAGUGCCGAGUUCCAGCCAAGGCCCGUGUGCCUGACCAGGCCGGGGGCCUCUGUGGAGGUCCCUAACCCGCUGGUGAUGCAGCUGCUGCAGGGGAGCUUGCCGCUCGAGAAGAUCCUCCCUUCAGCGCACGGCGGCAGCAAGCCAGAGUCCCCGCAGGGACUGCUUCGGCGGGGUCCUGGGGAGAGCGGUCGCCCGGUCAGCAGGAGCAGCCCCUGUUCCUCCCGGGCUUGGAAGGAGCCUGAUUUGCCUGUGAGCUGUGCAGCAGGCACGGGGCUGGCCAAGAUAGAGGCUGCUCAGGCUCCUGGGGCGCUCCAGAAGGUUACCAAGACAGCCCGAAACUCAGACUCCCUACGUCCAGUGACUUCUGGGAAACUGGAAGAAAUGGAUUCCAAAGAGCAGUUCUCUUCCUUCAGCGUGGAAGACCAGAAGGAAAUCCGUGACGUGUCCCACUGCGGAAAUCCCAGUGCUGCUCCAGGCAGAAGCCCCGGCGACCUCACUACCUCGAGAGCACCCUGUGUCUCACCUCCCAAUGUGACCUCCUUUGCUGCCGAGCAGGCGAGUUGGGCCCUGGGUGAUCAGAACAGUGUUGGAGGCCAAGGAAAGAAGCUCUUUGGCUCUAAGAAUGUGGCUGCAACUCUUCACUGCCCUAGGCCUGUGGACCUGACCCCACUGCCUGCCGAGGUCCCUCCAGUCUGUCCCAGCAGGAAGCCGGGGCCGAGCAAAAGCUCCGUGUGCAGUGGAGUACAGGCUGCAGGGGAAGGCUGGGCUCCAAAGCCGGCGCCUGCCUUUGUUGGCAGCAUCGUGAAUGAGAAGGCUGGGGGGGGAGGGCCGCUCAAGGCCGACACCGAGAACAGCAAAGCUGCCGGGCACAGCCCUCUGGACCUGGUGGGCCCCUUGCCAGGGACGCCCUUCGUCAUGGGCCUGCCUUUCUGGAGAUUUCCCCGGGAGCCGGGCAAGGGGCUCAGCCAGCCUCUGGAGCCUCCUUCCGUUCCCUCCCAACUCAACAUCAAGCAGGCUUUUUAUGGGAAGCUUUCUAAACUCCAGCUAAGUUCCACCAGCUUUAAUUACUCCUCCAGCUCUCCCAGCUUUCCUAAAGGCCUUGCUGGAAGUGUGGUGCAGCUGAGCCACAAAGCAAACUUUGGUGCGGGCCACAGUGCAUCGCUCUCCUUGCAGAUGUUCACGGACAGCAGCGCGGUGGAGAGCAUCUCGCUGCAGUGUGCGUGCAGCCUCAAAGCCAUGAUCAUGUGCCAAGGCUGCGGUGCAUUCUGUCACGAUGACUGCAUCGGCCCCUCCAAGCUCUGCGUGCUGUGCCUUGUGGUGAGAUAAUAAAUCAUGGCCAUGGGGAAAUUGUAUAGUCAGUGUGUGUAUUUGGAGAAUGGUUGAUCUUGAAUCUGUAUACAGAAUAUCAUGGAUCUAAUAGACUGUCUAGGCAAGAGCGCUCUUGCCACCCCUAAAAUUUAUCAUACUGAAGCCUUCUGGUCUCGCUGGAGGGAGUUCCUAGCGGGCAACCCACAGGGCUGCCCAAGGCCAGCCAGCCUGAGCCCUCGCAGUCACUGCCUGGUGUGGCCGGGAGCCUGCCUGACACCCCAAGGGACUGACUGGAGACGGAGGCGAGAAGGGGGUUCUCUGCCAAGGGAGCUCCCCUGCCCGCACUGAUGAGAAAUGCCGGUCUCCCACUGCCCCUCCCUGCCACGUUCUCUUCUGCUACUGUUCAGGGAGGUAACGGUUGGGGAAGAAGCCGCGGAGGGUUAAAGUUACUCCCAGCAUUGCCCACCAGGGGGCUCGAGCACCUGCUGACCAAGGGCCACAGCUGAGUCAUUUGUAAGUGACAGUUCCAGUUUGACCAUUGGUUCUGUUGCUGAAGCCAGUUUGAAAUUUGUCUCCGUGCCAUCUGCUGGCCUGUGGGGUCUUUUGGAGCCUUGACGAUGGGGUUGGGGAGAGGAGCUGUGUGCUGUGAUGACGCCACCUGCAGACCCCGUGAGUCGCCCGCCAGGCGUUUGCAGGUGACUCGCUGUGCUCGACACGCACCCCGUUUCUUGGACUCUGUGGGAGUGGGCCUCUCCGCUCGCCUGUGUAUGUGAAAGUCAUUUACAUUUCAAAGCAGUGUGUGUUUCUUAUUUUUAUAUUUUUAACUCUACUCUUGGAUGUAUAAAGUGAACCUUUUGGCUUCUGUAAGUAUGCUCUAUGCACCUCUGAUGUUUUAUCACGUAUUUAUAUGUUGUACACAGUAUGGCCGGUUCUGUAAAUGGAUGUAUUGUACAGAGAACACGAAAGUCUCUUCCUUACUUGGUGUUGGCAUCAUUGUGUGCACAUGGUGUUAAGUCCUUCUCUGCACCUGUCAGAGGCACUGAGUGUUGUGCUCCUGACGUGAGCGGGCCGUGGCUUGACUUGGGAUUGGCCAGCUUGGCCUGGCACCCUGUCGAGAGUCCCAGGGAGUCUGCACAGCCUACAGAGCCAUAGUUCGCCCAUGAGCACACCACUGAGCGAACGCAGCCUGUCCGUUUCUCUCCUCCUCCCUCCUCUCCCCCAGCCUUUACUGGCUGCUCGCUGCCGUGGGUGACACAGCACCACCACCAGUGUGCAGUGCUUCUGGACUUUGGGUGGGUCCCCAGGUCAGCCUCCGUGCAGGCCUUCCAGAUCUGGCCCUUAGGCCCACCUGGCACAGCAGUUCCUGGGCAACUGGGCCCCUUGGGACCUACUUUGACCACAGGUUUGGGAAGAAACGAAGCCGUGCCUGCCCCGUCUCUUCCAGCACCUUUACAGCAAGUAGCUGCCCCUGGGGGGGGGGAGGGGUGUAUGCAUGUGUGUGCGCGCGCCCUCACCGUGUGUGUGUGUGUGUGUGUGCGCGUGCGUGCGCGCACCCUCACCCUGUGCCCUGCCUUCUAUCUUGUGUCUUCACCGACUGUGGAUUGAGACUCCUUGAACUUGCGUCUGUGCGCGAGUGCCUCUGGAGGAAGAAGGAGAUUUGUGUGACUCGGCCGCAUCUCCCUUCACCUGCCAGGCUCUCACGCACUGCCUCCCACGUUUAUUCUGAUGUGGCUGUCUUGCAUCCGAAGCGCAGGGGAGGAGUUGGUGAUGAGGCGGUGACAUAGAAUGCUCUGCUGGCCAAGCCUGCUCAAGAGUCUGCUUACUGAAGACCAGGAGCGGGGGCCCCGAGGGUGGCCGGUCCCUUUCUUCCUUUGGCUGCUCCCCGUUUGAAGGUCCAGCUGGGUGCUUGUCGUGGGGCCGCCCAGAGGAGAGCACUGCUGUUGCAUGUCUCUCAUGGUAUUGGAAAAAUAAACCUAUACA